CGGUUGCACGUGAAUCACCGUGAUGGCCAGCAGCUCUGAUGUGGUGAAGAAAGUCAAGCGGUUCAAACUUCAGCUGACAGACACAGCAGAGUCUGCUACGGUUGUAAAGAUUUUGCAGAAACUUAAGGAUCUCGAUAUCACAUUAGACCUUCUUGCUGAAACUGGAAUUGGCAAAACCGUAAACUCCUUGCGCAGUCAUGUACAGGCUGGAGAAUUGGCCAAGUCGCUAGUCAGGGGUUGGAAAAGAUUGGUCCCUAAGGAAUCCAGAAGCCACACAGAGGAUGGGGAUGCAUCAGAGGGUUUGUCUGUUAAAGACAAACUGGAUGACCAAAGCUGUCCAAGUAAUGGAAGUCUUACAAUGAAGGAUUCAAACAACAAUUGCUUAAAAUCUCACAUUAAGAGUCAGAAUUCUUCAGAAGAAGCCCUCUUCAAAACAGGCAGCAGGAAAGCUGAUUCGGAGAAACAGUGUAAAGAACAGAAAAGACACAAGGACCAGAAUAAAAAUCAAGAAAAAUGUCAACAAAAAAACCAGCUUAUCUCUCAGAAUGACAUCUUGAAAAAGAACAUUGAUAUCCAAGAGGAUCAAAUGGACAAUUCAGUUGUCUCCAAGAAGAUGAAAAGGAAUGAGAGAGACGGAAAAUCAAGAGAUACUGAUACUUUGCUAGCAAACAAAAACUCAGAGGACGCUCAUGGACAAUCCAGCUUUGAUAAUGGAAGAUUUGGGUCAGAAAAAAAGUCAAAUAAGAAACUAAAAGAAUCAUCCAGAGAAGGCAAAGAAUCUUUUUCAUUUGAAUCCAGUCACAAACACUCAGAAACAUUAAAGCUGGCCAGUGUCAAAGAUGACAUAUCUUCUGAAAUAUUGAGGACUUCAGAGGCCCAAAACAAAAAAAGGAAAAAAACAAGUAAAGAGAAGCACGGAACUCUAAAAUACAAUCAAGAGUCUGAAAAAAAGGGAAAUUCACAAAAAAAAAAGGCAAAAAUAAAGCACAAAGACAAGCAGAGUGAGUCCGAGGAUCCCUCCUUGUCUUUUGAAUCAUACUUGAACUACGACGUGAAUGUUUUCAAGAGGAAAGAAAGAUCUGGAGUGAAGAAACCGCCCAAAACACUCAAGACUGUAGUAAAAGAGGAAGCAACUAAAGGUCCUGGCAUGAAACCUUUCAGGUCACACGUGAUGUCUAUAAAUGUUACCUCUCCAACACAGAAGUUUAAGGAGUCUGUAAUGGAACUGCUUCCAUUCACCAUUCUGACACCCGCUGGUCUGCCUGAAUGUGAAAAACCAUUUGGUGUUGAGUACUUUGAGAGGAAAGUUGAGAGGGAGUCUGAGUUCUGUGACUUCUCAGAGGAGUCUGCGAUCUUCACUGGUCAACGACUCAACAAAAAGAUGCAAGUGUACUCUGGUGCCAAGACCGCCUUCCUCCCAACCAUGAUGAGCUUGCACCAGCAGUGUAUCCGCACACUCCAGAAUAACAUUAACUUGCUUUAUGAAACUGGCGGAGUCCCGUUUGAAAUCCUCGAGCCGGUGUUGGAGAGGUGCACACCAGAGCAGCUGCUACGCAUUGAAGAAUUCAACCCAAUCUACAUUGGAGAGACAGACCACUUAUGGGGGACACAUUGCCAGAGGGACUUCAAACACUCCAAACUUCAGGAGUAUGAAUCAUGGAAAGAGAUGUACGUCAGGCUGUCUGAGGAGAGGGAAAGGAAACUCAAAAGGCUCACAAAAAGCAUCGUCUCGGCCCACUCUACUAAACCCAAAGGUCGGCAGGUGAAAAUGGCAUUUAUUCACACUGUUGCUAAGCCACCGAGAGACGUACGAAUUCAGCAAGAAAUUCAUGGAACAGCUGUUCAGCAGCCUCAGCUCCGGUGCAGUGUAAAGGUUCAAGACAACAGACCGAGGCCGAGUAAUGAGCCCAGCAGGUCCAGCAGCACCAGUUCAGGGGCAGCCAAUACACAAGACCCUCGCAAAAAAACAAGAGUUGCUCCAAUGAUGGCAAAGUCCUUAAAGGCAUUUAAGAAACAGCUGGGACGCAGAUAAAUGUGCUUAUAUGAUAUUUACAGUGUGUGGAUGUGGGGAAAGUGCACUCUAUCAUUCAUUAACUU